AUGAAGAGUAGAACUGCACAAAACAAAAUUAGUUGUCUUACAAGUGAUACUGGGAGAUUAUUGCACACUGAUAAGGAGAUUGAAACUAAUAUAUGUACUUUCUAUGAAACAUUACUGGGAACCAAAGCAGUAGCACUUCCUGCUAUUGAACCUGGAGUAAUGAAAAUGGGGAAUAUUCUUGAUAGGAAGGAUCAAUUAAUGCUACUCCAAACUGUCUCUACUGAGGAAGUAAGACAAGCUCUAAAUGACAUUGAUGAUGGGAAAGCACCAGGCCAUGAUGGCUUCAAUGCAGUAUUGUUUAAAAAGGCAUGGAGUAUUAUCGGUAAGGACAUCACAAGUGCUGUAGUGCAAUUUUUUGACAAUCCUAACAUGCCAUCUGAAGUAAACUGCUCCAGUGUAACAUUAAUUCCCAAGAGAAUGAAUGGUGUCAUGGAAAAACUAGUGGAGAACAAUCAGACUGCUUUUGUGCCUGGCAGGUUGAUCAGUGACAAUAUCAUCUUAAGCCAUGAACUUGUGAAGGGAUAUAAUAGGAAAUUUUUUUCUCCCAGAUGCAUGCUUAAGAUAGAUAUGCAGAAAGCAUAUGAUUCAGUGGAAUGGCCAUUUUUGGAGCAAAUCCUUAUCAGCAUGAAUUUCCCUGAUCAGUUUGUUACAUGGGUCAGGAUGAUGCUUAAACCACUGGGGACUGACCUUAAUUUCAACCACCACCCAAAAUGUGACAAACUGAAUAUCGUCCAACUGGGGUUUGCAGAUGACCUUUUGAUGUUUUGCCGUGGGGAUGAGAUAUCUAUCUAUAAAGUCUUCGAUUGCUUUCAAAGAUUUUCCAAAGCAUCAGGGUUGAUCGCAAACACCGGCAAGAGCUCUAUAUACUUUGGAGGAGUGGAUGAGAGGACACAACAAGUAGUACUAGAAAGAUUGAAGUUCUCCAAAGGGACUUUACCUUUUCGAUAUUUGGGAGUGCCACUUAGCACCAAGAGGAUAUCAGUCAUGCAGUGCACCCCAUUACUGGACAAAAUGAUAGGCAAAGUCACUCAAUGGACUGCUAAACUACUCUCGUACGCUAGCAGACUGCAGCUGGCAUCCUGGAUGUUAAAAAAGAUUUUCAAAGCUAUCAAAACCUUAGAUGAGGCUGGUAUAGAUGAAGAACAUUUCAGAGCCUCACAGGUGUUUUCCAUCAAACAGGUAUAUUUGAAAUUGAGGGGGGAUUUCCAAAAAGUCAGUUGGAGAAGAAUUAUUUGCAACAACUUUGGCACACCUAAAUGGACCUUCAUCCUCUAUCUGGCACUUAACAAAAAGUUGUAUACAAGAGAUAGGCUGAACAAGUGGAACAUCACUGAUCAGAUAAUGUGUCCCUUAUGCGAGAGUGCAAACGAAUCAGUGGAGCAUGUGUUUUUCAAAUGCAACUACUCUACUAGUGUUUGGAAAAAACUGCUAGGAUGGCUGGGCUAUAAUAGGGAUGCAAUGGAAUGGACAAAUGAAAUGACUUGGCUGACAGCACAAGUGAAUGGGAGAGCUGCUCAAUCACAUAUGGUUAGAAUGGUAGUUGCUGCAAGUGUCUACUAUGUGUGGCAAGAGAGAAACAACAGGGUGUUUACAAGCAAACAAAGGACUCCUGAGGUGCUUAUAAAGAGAAUCGUUCAAGAAGUGAUGAUAAGGGGAAGUAUGCAAUCAAAACUGGUCAUUAGACUCAGCCAGCUAGAUCAUUACCCUGUGGAUUUCAAUACACCUCUGUUUAGUACUGACAGAAUUGGAGGCCAAGAGGUAUCUGAUCAUGAGACAAGGGAUUCUGAGAGACUUUGA